UCUUGGCGAUCUGUCAUUCAUCAACCUUCUGCAGUGUAUUCGACUCAGCUGCGCAUGGAACGAUACAACAAUCAUGACAGAUUCCCAAUCAGGUGUUGGUACAAAUUACAAUCUCGGGAACUUCAAAGAUGCUCCCAUAAUUAAAAAACCCCUCAGCGAAGAUGUACAACAAUUUAUAUGGGAUCAUAUCGGAGCAAGCAUCACUCAUGACAGCUUGGGAAAGAUUCCCCUUAUCCUAGGCAUGCGUGUCAUGGUCACUGAAAAUGUGGCCACUUUUUGCAACGUUGUAAAUGGCGCUGAAGGAAUUCUUCAAGACAUCAAAUUCUCAGUAGACGAGCAAAAUUGUCGCUACACUGAGUGUGCUUAUGUCAAAAUUGAAGGUGCUAACCUCCAAUCCCCUUCACUUCCUAUAGACGUCGUUCCCAUUCUGCCUUCUCCAACGCGUUUCACUUAUAGUCCCAAAAUCACAGCAGAAGAGCACGCUUCCCACACAUCAGCAAAAUCCUGCAAUAUUGUGCGAACUCAACUGCCUUUGUUACCAGCUUACGCUUACACCAACUACAAGGUACAAGGGCGUUCAUUGAAGAAGGUUAUAUUGGAUCUGGCAGGCUCUGGUGUUGCCAUCUUGAGGACUUUCAAAAGUGUGUUGGAUGAGGAAACUAAGACUCUUUAUUUAGCGCAAUAUGCAUCAUUGUGAAAGCUACUAAGCUUUUAUGGAUAAGCUGUAGCCCCCCAAGUACCACACCAUCCCCUCGCCAUAGCAGUGUGGCUCGUCUUUUCCUUCCCUAACCU